CCAAAGACCCCACCAACUUUCUUUUUCUCCCUUUCUACUCCAUUAAAAACCCAAAUUUUUCCCCCUAAACCCCCCCAAGAGAAAAAGAGAGAGGAGAAAGCCUCUCUACAUCUUGCCAAUGGCGACUAUGGCUUCUCUUUUUCUCAAAACCCCAGGUCCAUCUCAAUCUCUACCCAAAACCCACAAAACCCAUUUCGUUUUACCUCUCAAUCUCCCACUUUCAUGGCGUUCCAAGUAUCGGGCCGGGUCGGGGACGGCGUCGGCCCGAAUCCGGUGCGGGCUGAUCGAGCCCGAUGGUGGGAAACUUGUGGAGCUCGUAGUCGAGGAGCCACAAAGAGAUUUGAAGAGGAGACAAGCUUUGUCUCUUCCACAGAUCAAGUUAUCGAAGAUUGAUAUUCAAUGGGUACAUGUGCUCAGUGAAGGCUGGGCUAGCCCAUUGAAAGGAUUCAUGAGAGAAUCCGAGUUCCUCCAAACUCUUCAUUUCAAUUCGCUCCGACUUGGUGACGGCUCAGUCGUCAACAUGUCGGUGCCGAUUGUGCUCGCCAUUGAUGAUUCUUAUAAGAAUAACAUCGGUGAUUCGAGCAGUGUUGCCCUUGUUGAUGAUAAGGACAAACCUAUUGCCAUUCUUAACGAUGUUGAGAUCUACAAGCAUAAUAAAGAAGAACGGACAGCCAGAACUUGGGGAACCACUGCCCCAGGUCUACCUUAUGCAGAGCAAGCAAUAACUCAUGCUGGAAACUGGCUAAUUGGUGGUGAUUUGGAAGUUAUAGAACCAAUCAAGUAUCAUGAUGGUCUUGACAGGUUCCGUCUUUCCCCUGCUGAACUUCGAGAUGAAUUUACGAGGCGCAAUGCAGAUGCAGUGUUUGCUUUUCAACUCAGAAAUCCAGUGCAUAACGGUCACGCAUUAUUGAUGACUGACACUCGUCGUCGACUUCUUGAGAUGGGAUACAAGAAUCCUGUCCUUUUGCUUCAUCCUCUUGGAGGUUACACAAAGGCAGAUGAUGUUCCACUUCAGUGGCGUAUGAAGCAACAUGAGAUGGUACUUGAGGAUGGGGUGCUUGAUCCAGAAACCACCGUAGUCUCUAUAUUCCCAUCUCCCAUGCACUAUGCUGGUCCAACAGAGGUUCAAUGGCAUGCAAAGGCCCGCAUCAAUGCAGGUGCUAACUUCUACAUUGUGGGCCGUGAUCCAGCUGGCAUGGGCCAUCCACUAGAGAAGAGGGAUCUUUAUGAUGCAGAUCAUGGAAAGAAGGUACUCAGUAUGGCUCCUGGGCUGGAGCGGCUGAAUAUCUUGCCUUUCAAGGUGGCUGCUUAUGAUAAAACUCAGAACAGAAUGGCAUUCUUUGAUCCUUCUCGGCCUCAAGAUUUCCUUUUCAUAUCAGGCACCAAGAUGCGAGCACUUGCAAAGAACAAAGAGAGCCCUCCAGAUGGUUUUAUGUGCCCUGGUGGUUGGAAGGUCUUGGUGGACUACUAUGAUAGUUUGACUCCAUCUGAGAAUGGCAAAGUUCCUGAACCUGUCGCAGUUUGAAGCUAUCAUCAGUAUCAAUGGUGUGUUUUGGGAGAAACCUUAAAAUUUAAUGUAGCUCCAGGUUUGGUACCACAUUCCUCUCAAAGGACAAUAAUAAUAGGGAGACACUGGUAUUGUUGUGUGAGAAAAAGUGUCUCCCAUCUUGUAAAUUAUUUAAGUGCCAAACACGGCACCUUAACUUUGUCGACACAUCUGCGUGGAGUUGUAUCAUAUGUUUGCUGUCAUGAAUAUGAAUUUCAGGUUUUCGGGUGUUA